AUGUCUUCUUCGAUAACCUCAAUGUCUUCUUCAGACUCUGUUGAUCACAUUUCCAAGUGGGAGGAACGUGUAUGCUUAAACAGUGGAAGAAAGUUUUUCAAACCUAAAGUCAGUGGAUCCAUUACACCUGCUGUUGGAAUGUUUUUUAAAUCAUUUGAUGAGGCUUUUGCGUUUUAUCAGAGAUAUGCACUUGCUGCAGGUUUUUCUGCAAGAAAAAAUACCUCUUGGAAAAAUGUUGGUGGUUUAGUGAAAAUAAGAUAUAUUGUCUGCUCAAAAGAAGGAUUUCAUGUUAGCAAAGAAAUAGAUUCUCGUUCAGUUGAUGAGAAUAUUAAAAAGAUUGUUAGACGUAAUAGAGGUUCAAAAAGAGUUGGAUGCAAUGCUCAUGUGAAAUUAAUAUUAGAGAACAAUAAUAUGUUUAAAAUCUACUACUUUGAAAAAGAACAUAAUCAUAUCUUUGUUGAAGAUGAAGAUAUUCAUUUCUUGCCGGCUGCCAGAAGUAUUGAUUAUGUUAGUGAGAGUUUUAUAUCUGGAUUGUCUGCAAUCAACAUUGGACCUGUUAAAGCAUUUAAUAUUAUGAAAACAAUGUAUGGUGGUUUUGGUGAAGUUGGUGCUAGUAAAGUUGAUUGUAAGAACUAUAGAAGGGAUUUGAAUCUUUACAUAGGAGAGUAUGAUGUAGAAAUGGUAGUUAGGCGUCUUAUUAGGAAGAAAGAAUGUUGUCCUGGUAUCACAUGUGAUUAUGUUAUUGGUGAAGAUAGAAGAUUGAAAGGACUUUUCUGGCCUGAUGAGCAAUCAAAAACAAAUUAUACAGUGUUUGGUGACAUAGUUGGUUUUGAUGCUACUUAUAAAUCAAACAAAUAUGAUUUGGUUUUUGUAUCAUUUACUGGGAUUGAUAAUCAUUUUAGGAAUGUCACAUUUGGUGGUGCAUUACUUGGUUCUGAGACUGCAGAUUCUUAUAGAUGGCUUUUAAGGUGCUUUGUUAAUGCUUUUGGAAAUGAGCCUAAAGUUGUUGUUACUGAUCAAGAUGCUGCAAUGAAGAGAGCUAUUAAGGAUGUUGGUCCUGUUUUGUCAGCAAACAUUGAUUUUAAUUCAAGAAUGACUCAUAUUGUUUGGAAUGAUACUAUUAUUCCAGAAGAUUUUGAAACUGAGUGGCAUUCAAUAAUGUCUACUUUUGGAUUGGAAAAUCAUGAGUGGUUAAAAGAUACGUACGAUCUUCGAUUUGAUUGGAUUCCUGCUUAUUACCAUGGAGAGAAUUUGGCUGGUCUUAUACGUACUACGUCUAGAUGUGAAAGCGAGAAUUACUUCUUUGGUCAGAUUUGCAAUCCAAGAUGUACACUUGUUGAAUUUUUCACUCAUUUUGAGACUGCAAUGGAUAUUCAAAGGCAUGAGCAUAGGAGGAAUGAUCAUGAUACAAGGUAUAUUCAGUCUAAGACCUGGAGGGACUUUGUAUUGGAGAAACAAGCAUCAGAAAUAUAUACCAAAACAAUUUUUAAAGAUAUUCAGAUUGAAAUUGAUGCUGCCAUUACAAAGUGUAUGUUAAAGUCUCAUGAUACUGUUCAAUACAACAAACAAGAAGAUGGUUUAAGUAUAAGUUGUACUUGCAAACGGUUUGAACAAUUUGGUAUAUUGUGCUGCCAUAUAUUUUAUUUUCUACGGUAUGAUGAUAUAACUGAGUUUCCUAGAAGAUAUGUUCAUAGAAGAUGGAUGAGAGAUGUUGUUUCAAAUGGAUCAAAUCAUUGCAAUAUUCGGUUUGAUGAAAUUGGUAGGAAUAGUGAAAUUGAUAAAGUUUUUAGAGAAAUCGUUGUUGCAAAUGAGUAUGUGGUUAAUAGGUUGGUUGGGGAUUUAGAUGAGCUGUGUCGUUACAGGGAUCGUAUUAAAAGUUAUAUUGAUAAAGCGGAUGAGGUUAUGGUUGCUGCGCCGCCUCCUAGUCGCAAAGAAAGAUUUGCUGAUAUUGGAUGGAAUUUAGAAAAGUCAGAUUCUAUGAUUCGUGUCCAGAUUAAAAUAAGGACCAAAGGAUGCGGCGUACAAAAAAGGAUCAAGUCUAAUCGUGAGAUUGCAAUUCAGAAAUCAUCAAAGAUCCAGAAAUCGUGCCGUGUAUGUGGUGGAAAAGGACAUAACAGUCGCACAUGUAAAGAUAAGAUUUCUUCUAAUGCUAUAGGUUCUAGCAAUGCAAUUUAA